UUUUCCCGCCCUUUCGUCAGUCAACAAAAUACAUCGUAGACCGAUGGUCCGAGAAAAGAGUUGCAAUUGCGAAAAGUGCCAGUUGAAAGGGAAGUUCAAUAUGGCUGACGAAGAGUACCGCGUGAUCACUAGGAUGGAAGACAUCACGGAGCAAGACGACAAAACGCUGGCGGGCGCGAAAAAAGAAAUCAGAAAUGAGUUGACAGUUAUUAUACCAGAAAACCCGUUCCCAGAGAUAGAAGUUGAUGCGUACCCGCCUUUAAAAUUCUCAUGGGUUAUACCUAAAAAAAUUGCGGCGAUGGCCUUUCCUAGGAACAAAGAAAAUUUAAAGUUUUUAACUAAUCAGGGUAUAACGCAUUUAGUCACAUUGACAGCGGGUAAGAAACCGCCAGUGGAUGAUAUCCCCAGGUUAAAAUGGACAGAGAUUCCUAUUGAAGAGUUCGAAAUUCCCACCACCGAGCAGAUUAAGAAGUUCAUUGACGUGUGCAAAAGGGCAGAUAAAUGUGACGAGGUGAUGGCCCUCCACUGCCGGCAGGGGCGCAGCCGCAGCGGCGUCAUGCUGGCUUCUUACCUCAUACACUUCCACCGGUUCCAGCCAGACCAAGCCAUGAACGCGAUUCGGAUGAUUCGCCCUGGCUCUCUAGACUUCCCUGAACAUGAAGAGGCUGUCGGCAAAUACUUCGAGUACCUGACGGAAGAUAAUCCCGUAAAGUUCGGAGUAAGCGGGGACAUCAUGGAGGAAUUCAUUGAAAACGCCAAAGAGAGCACAAAAAAAGUGCUAUGAUG